AUGGAGCUUGUGUCAGAUUUUGACUGGCGUUUUCCUAAGGUAUUAGUUAAUAUUGGCAACCAUUUUGAUCUUGCUUCCAGUAUAUUUGUAGCACCAAGAAAAGGGAUAUAUAGUUUCAGUUUCCACGUGGUCAAGGUCUAUAACAGACAAACCAUCCAGGUAAGUUUAAUGCAAAACGGCUACCCAGUGAUUUCAGCUUUUGCAGGGGAUCAGGAUGUCACCAGAGAAGCAGCCAGCAACGGGGUCUUGCUCCACAUGGAAAGAGAAGACAAAGUGCAUCUCAAACUGGAAAGGGGUAACCUCAUGGGAGGGUGGAAAUAUUCGACCUUUUCCGGCUUCUUAGUUUUUCCACUAUAAAAGAAGGCCAAAUGGGAGACAGAUCCAUCAGCUGGAGCAAGGAUUCAAUCGUUAACGACACCCUGAACUUGGCAGCACACAACAAUAUUUCCAGUCACCCUGCCAGACUGUCACGGUAGAAGAAUGAUAACCUUCUAAACCCCAACAUUUGCUUUGAAUAUUGACAAUUCCUCGGGAACCUGCGCUUCUAAUUAGUUUUAGACGACAAUGAUCUUUAGGAGAAAUGAAAUUAUCGACCUGAGCAAUUUGUACCUGUGAUUGUAAAGUCAAUUUUGGAUUUUAUUGUCGGGAUCAUUGACUUUUUAUUUUUUUUUCCUCUCUUUCAUUUUUUCCUCUUUUUCUUUCUCUUGUUGUUGUCCCAGUGAGACAAGUGACUCGGACCAUACAAUUGCUUUGUCAAAGGCUCACUCCAGAGCCAGAAGAAUGAAAUGUUCAGCCCAAUGAGGUGUUCUUUCCAUGCUUUAUUUCUUUGUGUUGUAUAGCCUUAAGGAAAAA